AUGCCCUUGAGUGACAGCCGCGCCCCUUCCUUCUUCACUCGUCUGCCUCCAGAUCUUCGUCCGUACGACCGGCCGGUUGAUAUUUCGUACAGAUGUCACAAAAGACGUGCCAAUGUUUACGUUCCUCAAUACGAUACUUUUUCCAAUUUGACCGCAGUCAAGGGCGGUCGGUCGUUUGCCUCGGCAGCCAGCGACGGUGAGGACGCAACGGUUAAAGAUGACGAGGGAGCGACUCUCCCUCAUGAGGUCAGUAAGGAGAUGGUUGACCAAGGUGGUGUUCAGGUGGGCUGCGGGAAGUGGGCAAACACCUAUGGCACCGGCCUGUGCUCGAACCGCGGUCAGUUUCCGUCAGACGUGCUCGCUGCGUUGCUGCGAUGCUGGUCGCAGUCAACUGAACAACUUCUGACAGGUCGAAGGUCGAUCCAUGGGUCAUUCGUCGGCUGCGUCUUCGGCGUCGUCCGUCAUGGACGAGAGUCAGGCGAUGGCUUGCAGCCGAACGCUCUUCGUCGUCGUCUGUGUGCUUGUUGGUAA